AUGAGACAACAAAAAACAAAGAGGCCAAGCAACGAAACCGCCCUUCGACACCCACCAUCUACCUCCGUCAUCUACCGCAGCUCUACCUCCAACGCCGCACCCUCGCCCGACCCGCACCAACACUUCCCAAGGACCAAAGUGAAGGAUGAAGUCUCCUCCUCCAAUUGGCCAAAUAUAAGAACAGAAACAUGUAGUUCACAUAAUGAAGUUCACAAGGGAGCCUCCGAGACCCCCACCCCUACCCCCCCUAACCCCGCGAAGGAGAAGCAGGCGGAUGGCAUUACACAACAAAUCGAGCUAAGCGUCAAGGAGCGGACACUGGUCAAUUACAUGCACAGAUUCAUCUACAAAACCCAAUUAAGGAGCCUGUCGCACGGUGAGCACGACUAUCAAGUAGCUCCGGACCCAGCAGUAAGGAAAUACUUAAAACAAUACUCGUUGCGACAGGGCAUCUUAAGCGACAUUCAAGAAGGAACUCCACGCGAGCAAGGCAGCAGUGCAUGGCGUCAUGUUCCCUGCAUGGUAGAAGCUUUUAACUGCCUCGGAGGACACAUGCGAUUUCGCAACAAAAACCAUUUAAGUAUGCAUGAAAUGAAUGACUUUGCAACCGUCCCCAUGGUGCUGAUGAUACCAACAACGGUAAUGACGCCUCCAAUACCAUUACCAACACCAACCCCUGUGACAGCUGCAGAGGAGGUGAUCCUGUUUGCAAGAGCAGCAGCGGCCGUUGCAGGAGAGGGGGGAAAACCGAAGUCAAUUCACCGGUGCCCGAGGGGGAGCGCGAGGCCAGUUCCUGCCGAAGGAAGCCUGGGACCGGGCGAGGACCCCGAGAGGACCGGCCUACCCCGGCGUCCUUUCCCCGCACCUUCGGCCAGCACGCCCUCCAGCUGCCCAUUCGGAGGGAGGUGUCACUCGUCGCCCACACAUUCCCUCACUCCCACAACGCCCCCCGGAUACAGCGCCACAGUCCUGUCGCCGCCGCCGCCUCCGCCGCCGCCGCCACAACAGCAUGUCCUGACAAAGCUGGCAGGACCUUAG